UGUCAUCCCGCGAUUCCUUUUUCCUCUCUCUCUCUUUCGCACAGACGGACACCGUUUCUAGACACCAUCGUUGAAUUUGGGGAGGCGGAGAAGAAGAAGGAACAGAUCACCUCUCCCUCAAGCUUCGACAUUGCUGGUUCAAGAAUCCUCUCUCUCCGGAGGUAAGAUCAGUCGGGUUGAUUGGUUUGGGAAUUGUGGAACAACAACGAGGAUGAAUGCGAUAAAUUUCUAGAUCUUGUGUUAGAUUGGGCACUUGGUUGUAUGGUUAGGCUGGUGGUCUUGAUUUUGUGAUGGUGAAUCGUUCAGACCCAAUAUAUCUGUUCGAUGCGAACUAUCUAGUUCUCUAAAUUCAUUCUAACCCUUCGUGUCAAACAUGGAUACUGAUGAGGAUCUGAACCAAACUGAGGCGAAUGAAAUGCCAUCAUCUCAACAAGAGGAGGAAGUACUGAAGAAGAAGUAUGGAGGAAUUGUACCGAAAAAACCACCACUCAUCUCCAAGGACCAUGAACGAGCUUACUUUGAUUCAGCAGACUGGGCAUUAGGCAAGCAGGGGGCGGAGAAACCCAAAGGACCCCUUGAGGCACUACGACCAAAAUUACAGCCUACUCAGCAACAAGCACGGUCUCGUAGAUCGGCCUACGCAUCUUCUGAUAAUAAAGAUGGAGGUAAUGCUACGGCUGAAGAGAUAACUGAGGACACCAACAGCAGUGAUCAUAAAAGUAUCGAUUUCCUGGAUCAGUAGUUACUGCCAUUCCAUUUUCCCCUUUCCAAUGCCACAAAUAAGAAAGUGAGAGUAGAUUGUCAUAUUUCCAGAUUAAGGUCGAAGAACUUUCAUUUCAAUUUCAAUUUUUAUCAAAGCAUGAAGGAAGCACCUUCCAAGUUCAUGUCUGAACAACUUAUUGCUCCAAGGUUCACAAUUCUAAUAUCUUUAUGGAUAUAAAUUAGAAGCUUGCUAAACCCUUAAAGGACUUAUAAUUCAAGGACAUCAACAAAGAUUGGCGAUAUUGUUGGAUUA